CGGGCGGGGGGCGCGGGCCGCCUGCGGGACUCCCGUCGGCCCGGGGUGUCUGUCGGAGCGGCCGAGUGCGGGAGCGGCGAUCGGGGCAGCGGAGGGAAGGAGGAGGCAGCGGCACACCUCUCGGGCCCAGCCACCUUCAGCGAGGAUGACGACGAGGACGACGAGGACUCGGAGGAAGAUUCCUCGGAGAGCGACUCGGAGGAGGACUCGGAGGAGCAGGGGGCCGCGCUGGAGGGUGACUUCAAUCCAGCAGAUUUUGACUACCUGCAAGUGUCUUCUGAAAUCAGAGAUCUCUUUGAAUACAUCAAGAGGUACACUCCCAAAACAAUAGAGAUUGAGCACAAGCUGCAGCCUUUUAUUCCAGACUUUAUUCCUGCUGUUGGAGAUAUUGAUGCAUUCCUAAAGGUUCCUCGUCCCGAUGGCAAGCCUGACAACCUUGGCCUGCUGGUCCUGGAUGAGCCCUCAACCAAACAGUCAGAUCCCACCGUGCUUUCCCUUUGGCUGACAGAGAACUCCAAGCAGCACAACAUCACACAGCAGAUAAAAGUGAAGAGUUUGGAGAAUGCAGAAAAGAACCCCAAAGCCAUUGAGAGCUGGAUUGAAAGUAUUACUGAACUGCAUCGCUGCAAACCUCCUGCCACAGUCCAUUACUCCAGGCCAAUGCCUGACAUCGAGACCCUGAUGCAGGAAUGGUCACCAGAAUUUGAGGAGCUCCUGGGAAAGGUGGGUCUUCCGACCGCAGAGAUGAGCUGUGACCUUGCUGAAUACAUCGACAUGAUCUGUGCCAUUCUGGACAUCCCUGUGUACAAGAGCCGGAUCCACCCUCUGCAUGUCCUCUUCUCCCUGUUCUUGGAGUUCAAGAACUCACAGCACUUCAAGCCCCUGGCUGAUGGGCAGAAGGGCAGGAGCCCACCACCCAACCCACCCUCACAAGCAGCAGAGUCAGAGGUGUUGAGCUUUAAUUGAUGCUUCACAUUAAAGCCUCAUCUCCUGGAUCACCAUCUGCUGCUGGACACUGACAUGGACCCAGAGCAGGUUGGGAUACCACACAGCAAAUCAGAAGCCUCUCUGGUCUUAGAGACAUUGCUGGACUGUUCUGUGUUAGGGAGUAGGACUUGACUCACCAUAUUUGUUGCAGAAGCUACAUAAUGGCUCAAUUUUUGACUUGUUCCCAAGGAGUUCAGCAUUAAACCAGCUUUUCCCUGUGUCAGA